AUGUCCCAAGCUCUCAAGACCACCAUCCCAGCCGGCUCCUGGGUUCUCGUCACCGGCGCAACAGGCUUCAUUGCCAGCAAUGUCAUUCGAGAACUGUUGAAACGCGACUACAAGGUCCGAGGCUCUGUUCGAGACCUGAACCAGGCAUCGUGGCUUGUGGAGCGCGUUUUCAAGACAGCUUCUGACGAGGGUGACUUCGAACUUGUCCCGGUCCCGGACCUAACCUCAAAGAACGCCUUUGAUGAGGCCGUCAAGGGAGUGUCUGCAGUGAUGCAUGUAGCAACCAUCACCAGCCUAGACCCAAACCCGGCUAAUGUCGUCCCGGGAACCGUCGACGGUGCCCUUUCAGUGCUGAAGGCCGCCGCGAAAGAGCCUUCGGUCAAGGAGGUCGUCUUCACCAGCUCCAUCAUGGCUGCCGUCACUCCACUUCUUGGUGACAGCACGCACGUCGUUCGAGACACGUGGAACGAAAAAGCUGUAAAGAUCGCUUGGGCACCUCCUCCCUACGAAGAGUCGCGUGCGUUUAUGACAUACGCCGCCAGCAAGGUCGCCGCCGAGAAGGCUGUCUGGGACUUCGUCAUCAAGAACCAGCCUCACUACACCGUCAAUUCCAUCAAUCCCUCGGGCGUUAUUGGAGAGCCCAUGCACCAAAAGCAUUCCGAGUCUCCAGCCAACUGGCUACGACAUCUUUGGAACGGCACCAGAGAGGCUUUGGACGCCUAUCCUGCUGCCUACUUUAUUGACGUCAAGGAUGUCGCGUUGCUUCACGUCGCCGCCAUGUUGGAUCCCGAAGUCAAGAAUGCCCGGCUGCAGGCGUGGGGUCGCAACUCCAACUGGAACGAAUUCCUGGGCAUCUUCAGAGAGAUCCGCCCAGAGCAUGACUUCAAUGAAGAUUAUCCCGAGGCACGUCAUCUCGAUAUUACUACAGAUCAGAAUGAAAGUCUGUUUUUGUUGAAGAAAUGGGGCAGCCAGGAUGGAUGGAGGUCUUUGCGGGAUGCAUCCGUCGACGGAGUUUGCAACACAUACUUCAAGUAG